AUGGAUGGAUUCGUGAUUCUAGAUGUUGGUCGUGAUUGUGAACUUCAGCAUUCUUCGAUUUCCGAGUUUGAUCGUCAUUGUGAAGUUGUUUUUCCGUCUUCUACUGGAUUGCUGAAUUCAUUUGUUGAUCAAUUGGGUACUAGUGAUAAAAUUAUGUUUGAAGAGGCAACUAAAUCAGAGUUACUUUAUAAAGAUUUUAAUUCUGAAGAAGAAUCUUAUGAUAUUUAUAAUGAAUAUGCUUUUAAGCAUGGAUUUGGGAUUAGAAUUGAUAAAAGUAAAAGUCGAAAUGAUGGCUCUUUGAAGAUGAAAAGAUUUGUUUGUUGCAAUGAAGGUUGGAAGGAUGAGAAGGCAAAGAAUAAAAGGACUUAUGAGAGACUUAAUAUAAGAACUGGUUGUUUGGCUUUUAUUCAGUUUAAGAUUGAUCGUUUAGGUUUAUGGACAUGUACAAAGCAUUACAUGAAACAUAAUCAUCAUAUGAUUCCUCUUGAAAAGAGACAUUUGUUAAGGUAUCAAAGGAAUGUUUCUAAAGAAAAUUUGCAAUUCAUGUCUACAUUGAGGUGUAGUGGAGUUAAAAUUUCUGCAGCCUUGAGGGCAAUGAAGAAGGAUGUUGGUGGCUCUCCUAAUUUAGGAUUUACAGCACCGGAUGCCUAUAAUGCUUUAUCUGCUGAAAAACAAGCUUUACUUGAUGGUUGUGACAGUCAUCAAUUGAUCAAAUACUUUGCUAAAAGACAACUUGAUGAAGCUGAAUUUUACUAUGACUUUGAACAAGAUGAGGAUGGGUGUUUAGUUAACUUUUUUUGGCGUGAUGGUCGGAUGAAGAGAGAUUAUGAGUAUUUUGGAGAUUUGCUGGUUUUUAAUACCACGUAUAGGACAAAUAAAUAUGGAAUGAUUUGUUCUCCAUUUGUUGGUAUGAAUCAUCAUGCUAAUAACCUCAUGUUUGGUAUGGGUUUUAUUUUCAAUGAGCGAACCGAGUCUUUUGUGUGGCUUUUUGAUACAUUCUUGAAAUCUAUGGGAAACAAAAGUCCUAUCACAAUUAUGACAGAUCAAGCUCAAGCUAUUGCAGCUGGUAUUCAGAAUGUAUUUCCUCCAAGUGUGCAUCAUCGUCUUUGUGUUUGGCACAUUGAGAAAAAUUCUAAGAAGCAUAUUGGGGCUUUGAGAGCUUUGGAUGGAUUUACAGAUUUGUUUGGUUAUUUGCUCAAGUAUUGUGAAACCCCUGCUGAAUUUGAACAUUUUUGGAAAAGAAUGUUAAUGAAAUAUAAAUGUGAAAAAGAUUAUUGGUUGUGUGAUUUGUACAAGAUUAAAGAGAUGUGGUGUCCAGCCUAUUCUAAGAAGCAUUGGUCUGGUGGUGUUUUAUCAUCUCAACAAAGUGAAACUACAAAUAAAUCUGUUUCGGAAAGGCUUAAUAAGACCCAAGGUUUGUGUGACUUCUACCAUGUUUUUCUUGAUGUUAUCUCUGAGUGGAGGAGCAAAGAGAAUGGAAAUGAUUUUAAUACAUUGAGGGGUAAUCGUCAUCUUGCUUUUGCUCAUAUUAGCAUUUUAGUUCAUGCUAAGUCUUUGUACACCAUUCAAGCAUAUAUUAUUUUUGAAGAGGAGUUCAUUAAGGGUACUGCUUAUGAACAUUCUGAUGCUGGUCUUCAUUUUCCUGAAUAUUCAUACCAUUUAUGGAGAUCUGGUAAAGAUAAGAUUAGGCAUGAAGUUGUUUUCAACAAGGAAACUCAUGUUAUAUGCUGCACAUGCAUGUACUUUAGUGAAAUGGGAUUGUUAUGUUCUCAUUCUCUUCGUGUAUAUCACUUAAAUUGUGUACCUAAGAUUCCGGAUGAGUAUAUUAUGAAGCGUUGGGCCAAGGCUGCAAUGUGUACUCAUACUACUGUUGAUAAACCUUCUUCAAGAACUAAUUUGGUGUCCUCUACUGUUUGGAGGUCGCAAACAUUAAGGAAGUUUGUGAAGUUGGUAACUAGUUGUCAAAAUUCUUUGCCUGCAAGAGCUGAAGUUGACCUCUAUUUUGAUAUUUUAAAAGACAAAGUUGAGAGUGUUAGGGGUAUAAUUGCUUUCAAUGAGGUUGCUGAAGGUGUUGAAAUUGUUGAUCAUGAAGUUAAUGAUCCUCCCAAAAACGACCUGUUGGAAUUUGAUGAUAUUGGACUUCCUGUUUCUUAUGCUAAUUCUAUGUGUGAUUCUGAUGAACUGGUUAUAUUGAAAAACCCACCUUCUAAGGUUGCUAUUGAAAGUUCUUUUGGAUCCAAUUUAUCUUUUGAUGAAGAUAUUUCUGCUCUUGCUAAGGAGAAAGAUUUAAAUUUUUCAAGUAAUGCUCAUGCUUCUUCAAGUGUUCCUCCAAGAAAUGUUCAAGUUCCUCCAAGAAAUGUUCAAGUUUCUGCAAGAAAUGUUCAAGUUCCUCCAACAAAUGUUCAAGGUCCUUCAAAAAAUGUUCAAGUACCUCCAAGAAAUGUUCAGUUACCUCCAAAGCCUGUUCAAGUUUCUGUUCCAUCGUCAAGAAGCAUUGAAGUUACAGCUUCUUCAAAUGAUGAACAAGUUCAAGGCACUCAGCGUGGUGGUCAACAUGUUUCUUAUAAGUAUGAUAGGUUUUUAGCAUUUUUUGAUACUAAUGUAGCUAAGAGGUUGGCAAAAAAUAACAAGUAA